AGGUGAUGAGAUGGCCAAGUGUGAUUCCUGCCACAUCUGGUAUCACCGCCACUGCAUGGACAUUCCCAGUGAAGUGUUUGGGGAGUCCGAGGUCCACUGGGAGUGCAAAAAGUGUGUGAAGACACCUACCUACCCAUUACCAGUGGCGAAUCAGCAUAUGCAGUAGUGUGGGUGUCUGUUUUCUCCACACCAAUGUGCCCGAGUGAGUUGUUGCUAGGAGUUUCUCCACACUCUGGUUAUGUGUGAACCUGAGUGAGUUGUUGCUAGGAUCGAUCUCCACGCUAUGGUAUGUUUGCACCUGAGUG